AUGUUACAGAAGGAAUGGCCUGAAUUUUUGCCAAAGGAGCAGAUGGACAGCUCUCAAUUUCUGUAUUUCCUGCUUAAUUCUUUGCAUAAUGAACUUCUGAUCAUACAGCACUUCAAGGAGACCCCUCUUAAAGAGGACAGUUGGCUUUCCCUUAUAGUGCACUCUUGGAAGUAUAGAGUCAAGUCUCCAAUUUCAGAAAUUUUUGGAGUUCAGGUGGUCAGACUCACUUCAUGCAGUGGGGGCUGCUCUUAUGAAAAUGUGUCGUGUAGGGACAUUGACUUCAUUACCACAAUUUUUAUACCUGAGUGCGAGAGCAUUGCCUUGAGUGAUUGUCUUAGGAGUCACUGCAAGGAAAAUUUUUUGACGGAUUCUAAGUGUGACUUUUGUAAAAAAGUGGGCACACUUCGUACCAGACUUUUGUUUGGCAGAGUGCCAAAAGUUUUUGUAAUUCAACUUGGAAGGUACUCAUUGGUUUUAUCUAUGAAAUGCAUGCUACACUUUCCUCUCAAGUAUUUUUAA